CGACCCUCUCCCCGGCCCCCGUCUCCCCUCCCCCGCCUCGCCCCACCGGCUUCCCACCACGGCCUCUCUCGGCGAGGAAACUCUGGCCUCCGCUUCCUCCUCCUCCGACUCGGACACCGGCGGAGCCUCCCCGCCCCCGCGGAAGAAACCCCGAGCCUCGGCGGCGGAGGGAGCAGGAGAGCCCGGGGCUUCGGCAGGCAGAGCAGGCCUCUCUCCUCCGUCCUCGUCCUCCUCGUCCUCGUCCUCCUCCUCCUCCUCCGUGGUGGUAGUGGUGGGACUCCCCCCGGCUGCUACCCCUUCUGCCGCCGCUGCCGUCCCCCACCGAAGUAGCGGCCACAGCCUGGUCAGCGGCAGCAUCAUGCAGGCCAACGGGGCAGGAGGAGGAGGAGGAGGUGGUGGCGGCGGCGGUGGAGGAGGAGGGGGCGGCGGGGGCCAGGGACAGACCCAGGAACUCGCUUGUCUGUCGGCCCAGAACGGGGAGUCGUCCCCUUCGUCGUCGUCGUCCGCGGGGGACCUGGCCCACGCCAAUGGGCUCCUGCCUUCCGCCCCCUCUGCCGCCAGCAACAAUAGCAACAGCCUGAAUGUCAAUAACGGGGUUCCCGGCGGGGCGGCCGCCGCAGCCUCAGCCACAGUCGCAGCUGCCUCCGCCACCACCGCCGCCGCCUCCUCUUCCUUGGCCACCCCAGAACUGGGCAGCAGCCUCAAGAAGAAGAAGCGGCUCUCCCAGUCAGACGAGGAUGUCAUUAGGCUAAUAGGACAGCACUUGAAUGGCUUAGGGCUCAACCAGACUGUUGAUCUCCUCAUGCAAGAGUCAGGAUGUCGUUUAGAACAUCCUUCUGCUACCAAAUUCCGAAAUCAUGUCAUGGAAGGAGACUGGGAUAAGGCAGAAAAUGACCUGAAUGAACUAAAGCCUUUAGUGCAUUCUCCUCAUGCUAUUGUGAGGAUGAAGUUUUUGCUGCUGCAGCAGAAGUACCUAGAAUACCUGGAGGAUGGCAAGGUCCUGGAGGCACUUCAAGUUCUUCGCUGUGAAUUGACGCCGCUGAAAUACAAUACAGAGCGCAUUCAUGUCCUUAGUGGGUAUCUGAUGUGUAGCCAUGCAGAAGACCUACGUGCAAAAGCAGAAUGGGAAGGCAAAGGGACAGCUUCCCGAUCUAAACUGUUGGACAAACUUCAGACUUAUUUACCACCAUCAGUGAUGCUUCCCCCACGGCGUUUACAGACUCUUCUGCGGCAGGCAGUGGAACUACAAAGGGAUCGGUGCCUAUAUCACAAUACCAAACUUGAUAAUAAUUUAGAUUCUGUGUCUCUGCUUAUAGAUCAUGUUUGUAGUAGGAGGCAGUUCCCAUGUUAUACUCAGCAGAUACUGACGGAGCAUUGUAAUGAAGUGUGGUUCUGUAAAUUCUCUAAUGAUGGCACUAAACUAGCAACAGGAUCAAAAGAUACAACAGUUAUCAUAUGGCAAGUUGAUCCGGAUACACACCUGCUAAAACUGCUUAAAACAUUAGAGGGACAUGCUUAUGGUGUUUCUUACAUUGCAUGGAGUCCAGAUGACAACUAUCUUGUUGCAUGUGGCCCAGAUGACUGCUCUGAGCUUUGGCUUUGGAAUGUACAAGUGAGUGAGUUCCAUCCUUGGUUCAGCCUUUUUAGUACAGCAAAGUUCAAGUCAAAAGAGCAAUUUUCUUCUGCUCAGGAUUUAGAUGGUAAUCUUCUUGACUCCUGGGAAGGGGUAAGAGUGCAAUGCCUUUGGUGCUUGAGUGACGGGAAGACUGUUCUGGCAUCAGAUACACACCAGCGAAUUCGGGGAUAUAACUUCGAGGACCUUACAGAUAGGAACAUAGUACAAGAAGAUCAUCCUAUUAUGUCUUUUACUAUUUCAAAAAAUGGCCGAUUAGCUUUGUUAAAUGUAGCAACUCAGGGAGUUCAUUUAUGGGACUUGCAAGACAGAGUUUUAGUAAGAAAGUAUCAAGGUGUUACACAAGGGUUUUAUACAAUUCAUUCAUGUUUUGGAGGCCAUAAUGAAGACUUCAUCGCCAGUGGCAGUGAAGAUCACAAGGUUUACAUCUGGCACAAACGUAGUGAACUGCCAAUUGCGGAAUUGACAGGGCAUACACGUACAGUAAACUGUGUGAGCUGGAACCCACAGAUUCCAUCCAUGAUGGCCAGCGCCUCAGAUGAUGGCACUGUUAGAAUAUGGGGUCCGGCGCCUUUUAUAGACCAUCAGAAUAUUGAAGAGGAAUGCAGUAGCAUGGAUAGUUGAUGGCGAAUUCGGAGCAGACGACUUCUGUUUAACUUAAAAUUAGUCGUAUUUUAAUGGCUUGGGAUUUGGUGCAAACAAACAUGAUUGAUAGCUGGACAGACAUGCUCGUCAUGAAAAAAGAACCAUUUCUGAAGCCCGAUUGGGGCCAAACAUUUACACCUUGCUUCAUAGUAACCAGUUGAGAUGAAGCACGUCGUUAGAACGUUGUUGGACACCAUGUUGAAUUAUCCCCCAUCGGUUGUGAAGAACUGUGCUACAUUCAGGCUUACCCAUUGAACUCAGUAUAUAUAUUUUUUUCCCUCCUGCCUUUUGUGUGGCAGGAUACCAUUCUUGUUGCUCUUCUGUGUAAUGAAGUUUAAAUGCUUGUUUGGAAAACUUUAUUUAACAGUUUAGAAGGCUUGAUAGAAAGAGUGCAUUAGUCUGAAGAGUAUACAUUGGAUAGGAAAGAAUUUCCUUCUUUUGUUUCUCCAAAUCUUUCCGCCUUAUUUAGCUUGAGAUCUUUGCAGCUUGGUUCAUGGAUUCUAGCCUUGCCCGUUGCGCAGUAUAUACUGAUCCAGAUGAUAAACCAGUGAACUAUGUCAAAAGCACUCUCAAUAUUACAUUUGACAAAAAGUUUUGUACUUUUCACAUAGCUUGUUGCCCCGUAAAAGGGUUAACAGCACAAUUUUUUUAAAAAUAAAUUAAGAAGUAUUUAUAGGAUUAAAGUGACUUCAUUUGUAUACAUUUGGAAUCUAAACCAGCUUAAAAACAGUUUCCUGACUUAGAUAUGCAGUUUAACUGAUCCUCUUCUGGAAUACCACAUGAGACAUGGUCAGAAACAGUCCUUGGAAGAACAUUACACAGGAAGUGCAGAAUAAUACUUUGAAGGUUUUCCCCUUUUUGUUUUAUUCCUGAAAGAACAUCAGUGCCCAAUCUUAAAUUCAAAAGAGAAUUUUAAAUAUACCGUGGAAAAUCAGUAGUCAGUUGGUUUCCAAUAAAGCUUGUUCCAAGUUGUUCUCAACUUGGGAAUUCAUUUUGGUGUGAUCUAGCAAGACGGUAGAAAUUGGCAGAUAUAACCACUUCAGUAGUUUAUAGUAUAAUUGAAAUUGUUAGAAGAAUUAAGCAAGUUACAAAAACAUACUUAAACUGGGAUUAAAAUCACAUAGUCAUUUCUCUUAAUUGCCCUUAAUAUUUUCAUAUAUAGAGAUACAUAAAUUUAAAGAAUAUUCCUUCUCAGUUUUUCAGAUAUUGCCAUAUCAAACCUCAUUCUAAACUGGUGCUGUGGAUAGUCUUUUCCUUUCCCAUCCCCUUUUAGUUAAAGGAAAGGUUUCCUUCAUGGAAAAACACUUUUAAUUUUGAGAAUUUCACAUUUAAAAUAAGCCAAAAGCCUGAUGUUCACAUUGUGCUUUUAAACCCACAACAGCUGAAUACAAUGUAGUCUCCCUUUCCCUCCCUUUUUCAGUAGAGGAUCAAUAGGGUGACUGUAGCUGUUAUGUUGGGGAGAGGAGUGGGAAUACCUCUGAAAUAAGGUUCUGGUGAAGAAAAAGUCUUAUACUAAAGUUCCCCUUUAGACCUAGCCAAGCCUAUAAUAUAUUAUUACCUUGAGUAGACACCUUUACAAUCCACAAGGAAGAGAAAAAAGGCUUGGGUAUCAAAUUCUUCCAUUAUAGUUUGGGGGCAGGGGAUGACAGCAGGGAGAAAGGGAAAAGUCAGGGAAGGGGAGAAGAAAGAAAAACACAUUUGGCCUUAAAAUAGCAUGCAUUCUCCCAAAACCAUAGUAAGAGAAAAUGACAGAUCGUGGUCAGCAGAUCAUUUUAUGAAAUUGGUAUGUAAAAGAUUUAAACUCCGUUUUGCAGAGGCCACCACUUAAGAAAAUCAAAGAACUCCUGUUUUGAUACUUCUGAGUUAGAAUAACUAUGUUAUAAUUUAUCUGGUACUUCAUUUUUCUUAACUAAAAUUACUUUCUACUUUAAGCUUGAAUAAAAAUCUUCAUUGGUAACUGUAUAUAAUUAAGUGGCAACUUAUCUUUACCUCAGUACAGUUAAAACCAUUCAUAUUUUAAGUGAUUCAUGUAUACCCUGAAGCCGUUAAUCCACCCCAGUCUCGACAGUAACAUCACUAACAAAAUGUGGGCAUAGAAACUCCACAGCUGUUUACAAAUUUGGUUACAGUGUGCUAUGGUACAUUAGUAACAUUCACUGAGAUUUCUGCCCAUUCAGGGGCAAUUUGGCACUCAGAUUCUACUGUCUACUUCACCCAGCCACCCCUAGAUCUGAGUUUUCAGUGUGCUUCUGAAGUACUUUAAAAAAGUGGACUAAAAGUGAGGCACAUUUUACAAGAACAUAACUCCUAUUAAAAUGGAGUAACAACUAUGCAAAGGUUUCUAUAGCAGCUAGAUGAGUUUGUUUUCCAGGUCUGUCUUAACUGGCAGCUUCCUAUAUAUACUGGUACUUUGCUGUGCCAAUUUACUAUAAACGUCUGUUUCAUACAUUUGCCAUGCAGUGACUAUGCUAGAAAGGUGAAAUAAAUGGUGAAGAAACCUAGGAUAAUAUGGUAUAAGAACGUGAUAGAAGGAUUUUCUAAUCCAUAGGUAUUAACUGAAAACUUAAUGAUAGUUCUAUAGACUCUAUAGUAGGCCUAAGAGUGAAAAUACUAUCAAGCCAGACACAAGAUACUAACAAAUGUAUAAACUGAAAAGUACCAAUACUUUUUGCACAUAGAUAAAAUACAGUGGAGAAUUUUUGGCUCCAAAAAUCAGGUUAGUAGGUUCAUUUCCAUGUGCUUAAAAAUGUUUUUGUUAUUGUUAUGCAUUGAAUAAGGGCUAGAGCAAGUAUGAAAUUAAAUGUCUUUUUCCUCCAAAUAAUUGGUUUUAAUGGUAAAAUGUUGGAUUUGGGGAUUACUGAGAUUGGUGUAUGGGGGUGGUGAUGAAGAAUUAAAGUGGGAGUUAGUUGGGAGGGAUAUCAAGGCCUUAGUUUUGGUUUUUAUAUUUUAUUAGUAUUCAUAACAGCUACAUUUCUUUUGCUCUUAUUGGCCAGAUAAAUAUAUUAAACCAGGUAAGUAGUUUAAGCAGGAAAUUUUAUUUCCAAAUAUCCCUACAAAUUGGCCCAUUUCAUUGGGUGGGAGAACAAAAAGGGAUUCCCUAACUUUAAGUAAUUUAUUUACCCUGUUAGUCAAAAGAUUAAAAAAUCCAAUCUUGUCAAUAUUUUCUUAACUUGAAAAAACACAAGUAAUUAUUAUAUGGUGAGUUUUAUUAUUAGGAGUGUUCUGCCUCUAGAGUGGCAUUCCAUGACAUUAAUAGAAAAUCCUUCUUUCCCACCCCUCCCCAUCUGAAAUUUUCUUUUUUAGAUGUUGGUUCCUGCAAACAAGAACUGACCCUAUCACCUCUGCCUCACAGUGGGUAAAUAUAUCGUACAUCUCUUGAAAGAGAAAUAUCCAUGUCAGUUUCUUUCACAGCAGAAGAAUGGCUGAUUUUGAUUGGGGAGGAAAGAAGACAUUUUUCUUAAUAUCCUUUUUGUCCCACCUCUAAAAUGUUAUAAGUAUUUUGAUUGAUUUUACUUUAAUUUCUUAUUUAGACUUUAGCAACUCUCCUUUUUGAGUUGCUCUCUGAAAGAUUGCUUCCACUUUAGAAACCAUAUCUGAUUUAAUAGAAACUAACUUUAAAAGAAGAGGUGAAUUUGCAUUUACACUUAGACACUUUCUAAGAACAGGGUGAACUUAAUUGAAAUUUUUCAGUGUUGUUAAGCUAUUGUUAUAGUAGCUGCCCUGUAGUUGCAAAACCUAUAAAAACCCAUCCCCUAUCUACUCAAUCCAGAUAGCCUGGAUUUAACAAAACUAAUAGUAUAAAAAUGUAUGUUUGUGUGUGUUGUGUUUAUGUAUGGGAGAGAGUACUUAAUUCACGAGAAGUCCUGGAAACGGCUGUUCUAGGUUCUUGCCAUUUUUACUAAAGGUCUUGUGCACAUGUGAAGUGCCCUCUCUGAGUUUAAGGUUUAGUUAAUACUGGUAUAUUUUUAUAAGAUUGAUACCGUGUCCCCAUCUUUAACUUAAAACAUUUUCAUUAUCAGGGUCAAUGUGCUAGAACUGAAUUGUAACAUUUUUAGGCACAGAUGGAAAAAAAUGUUAUUGGCUCCUUGAAAAUGUAUGUGUGUGGCGAGGGGAACAGAUCCACAAAAGCAUGUAUGUACUUAAAAACCAAGCUGUAGAGAUCAAGAAAAGAACUUAAGUGUUGAUCUCAAGAUUUCUAAAUUGUCAAGAUUUACAUGGCAUUGUGGUGGAACUAGUUAACACUUUAGAGCUUUUGGUAUGUAAUAACUAUUUGCAAUGGACUGAUUAAAUGUUUCAAAGGAUUGUGUUCUUAAAUUUGGGGGGGUUUGUUUUUGUUUGUUUUUUUUUAACUGCCUCUCAGAUUACAUUUAGUAGUUUAAAUUUCUUUGUUUUAUUUCAUUAAAGUAUAAAAAUUUCA